GAUUUCGAUAAUAUAUUCAAGAUGGAUGACGAAACGGUCGAUGUUGAAGCGGAACAUUCUUCUGAUUUUCGCUUCGAUGAUGGAUAUUUGGACAUUGCGGCGGCCGCGGAUUACAUGCCCUCUGCAGCAGAAAUGGAACAGGUAUUGGCUUUGGAUAAGGAAAUAGAUGAUGACACCAAAGAUUUUAUACGUAAUAUGUAUAAAGAUGAGAAUUAUGACGAGGAUGUAUUUGGUGAUAAAUUGUUUGAAUCUGAGCCGUUUCCAGAAAGCAAUAUAACAAGCGUAAACAAAAUUAACGAAAAUCAGAGUAAAAGGUGGAGUGCUGAGGAAAAAAAUGUAUUUUUUAAGGCUUUGGCCAAGUACGGUCGUAGAUGGACUGAAAUUUCUAAACUCUUAGAAAAUCGAACGCCAACACAAGUAAAGAGUUUUGCUCAUAGUUAUUUCAAAAGCCAAUUAAAGAGUAAGAAAGAUGUAAAGAAAUCUCCUUCCAAAAAUACGUCCGAUAAAUCUAACAAGGAAGUAAAUUAUACAAUAGCUCACGCAGACGACGUUGACGUAGAUGUUGAGCAUGACUCUGAGGAAGACAAUAGUAAACAGAUUGAAAAUCGUUCCCGAUUAGAAACCAAACGGAAUGAAAGCAAGCACUUGAAAUCAUCAGAUUUACUUCCUAGUAUAUCAGAGUUGACACAUCAGUCAAAACUAAAAAUCGACAAGUUUCAUACGAGUGACCCCCUAUCAGGCGAUAGUAAACCUGAAGGAAUAAGUUUGUCCAAACUAAAUAAGGUGCCAACGAAAGCUCAAAAUACCUUACCGUCCAUCCUUUCGUUUGCACAAGCUUCCCCCGCUUUAACUUCACCUUUUAAAAACAAAAAAACUGUAAAAUUUGCUCCAGAAGAUGACGAUUCAGAAACUGAAACUGAUGAAGAAUUAGAAAAGAAUGAAGCGGGUUACGAAGAGCGAAUUAGAACAGGAUCCAUUCCCGUUGCUGAAUAUGAAGAAAUCGUUACUUCUUCCUCAUAUGCUGAUAAUAUUACUGUUGCAAAUUACCGAGCGGUUGAAGAUCAUACUUAUAGUAGUGCUAAUUUUGUUCAGCACGAAGUCGGUAUAAAAGAAGAGGAGACAGUUCCAUUGGAAAAUACGGAGGACGAUGAACAAAAUACAAAUGAGCUUAUUUUUAAGACUUGCGAGGGACGAAAAAUAACAAUAACCAAGCCUGACCAUGAAAUCGAACUGGCUCGAGAUCAUAUUAGUGAAGAGGAAAAACGAUCUCACCCCGAAUUUUUCGGUAAUCGCCCUAAGAAAACACCACAACGCUACUUGCACUUGAGAAACCAUAUUCUUGACUGUUGGGCAAAAAUUAAACCAAAACAUUUGACAAAGAGUGCCGUCCGACAUUCUCUUCAGUUAGGAGAUGUAAAUGCCAUAGGCAGAAUUCACUGCUAUUUAGAAGCGAUUGGUGCUAUUAAUUUUAACAGUGUUUACGCUCCCCCGUCUCCAUCCCGAAAACCUUCCGCGUUGAAAGCCAAGCGACAACCGAACAAAUCUCGAAAUACGGACCUAUCGCGAAGAUCGAAGAGGCAGGCCCGAGUAAGGAAUGAUGAAGGUAAUUGGGUUUCAUUCAAUGAGAUUCAAGGUCGAACAAUUCGACACAAUAAUGAAGAACUGCCGUUGAAGAGAUCCCGCAGAGCACCCAGGGUGAAAAUCAGCCACGAUCCGUUUCAACUUAUCAUGUGUCACAACUUCGAUCAUCACGUGCAAGAACCCUUCACACUAAGAAUUUGUGCGGACGCUCUUGUCUUGAUAGAUAUGCACAGUCAUGUCUGUAAGACUGAGGUUAUCGGACUCCUAGGAGGAACCUACAGCGAAGAAGAGGGAUCCCUAACAGUUCGUAUAGCCGAAGCUUGUCGAUCAGUUUCUACAGGAACGCAGUGCGAAAUGGACCCUAUUUCGCAAAUGGAAGCUAGUGAAAAAAUUAUAUCCCAAGAUUGUAGCGUGGUUGGCUGGUACCACUCACACCCUACAUUCGCGCCCAAUCCAAGCUUAGUUGAUAUCGAAACUCAGCAAAAGUACCAAGAGUGGUUUGCUCAAGAUACAGGUUGUCCCUUCCUUGGCGUCAUAGCUAAUCCCUAUCGACCAAAAAGUUAUAAUUAUAGCGCUGAGUUUAGAUGCGUUACAGUUCACCGUACAGCUCUUCAUCCAUCCGGUCUACCUUUUAAAUUUCAAUAUACUGUUCUACCCCCUGAAAGAACCAUCAUGGGCGUUGUUACUCAAUGCUCAAGGAUGCUGCAGAAAAUAUGCUCAAAGGCUGACUGCUACGAUUUACAAUCUCAAUUUAGUAACGGUUUGACUUACUUGGAAAAGGUGCUGUGCUCUGUCCGACAACAUAUGGACAAGGUCAUUAAUACCGAGGAAGUUGAAGGUUUAAUGGAAAAUCUACGAACAGUGCUUAGUUCAUCAAAUAAUAAGAAGUAA